AUGUGGACGGUGUGCCCUCACAAGGCACAGCCUCGGCCACCCGCGGGCAAAAACAGAGCGCAGCUGCUCCACCACCGGCGAUGGUGCCGAGGCGUACGUGGUCAGCGCCACUGCAGACUCCUUGUUGUUUCGGGGCAGGUGUGUCAGCAUGCCAGCGAUCCCAUGCCCCACGACAAAGAUGGGAAGGCAGAGGACGCCUUGACAGCACACCUGCUCUGCGGGAGCCACUUGGCGUUCUCGGCAGUCAAGGACACCGUCGUGACUAUUUUAAUCUCUGUAGGUUUCGCCCUUUGUUUUUACAUUACUCUCUGUUUCCCCUCUUUCACUCGCAUGUUCUCUCCUUUUACAGUUGUAUUUAGCCGUUCUUGUCUUGUUUGUUCUCGUAAAUCUUUUUCUACUGCUUCCCUCCGCUUUGAGCGCAAAUGCCGGCCAUCAAUUAUCGUCAUCUCCUUCUGCCUCUGCCACACCUCUCAUUUCAGACGCUUAAUUCUUUUUCCUCUUUUCAGGCUUUGGUGA